AUGGCAACUAAACUUGCAUCCCCUUUCAUGAUCCCAAACCGACCAUUUAUGCAGCCUGCCCUGCCUUGCCUGAAAAGGCGGGGCGGUGGUUUAAGUGUGGCUGCAAGUAAGGGAACAAAUGGAAGAGAUUAUGAGGGGAAGCUUGUGGAUGAAAACAUGAUAGAGCUUCGAAUACGUAUACAGGAGAUGAAGAUGCUCGAGAUGGGUGAUGAGCAACCACCUUCGGAUUGGAUGGAGUGGGAAAAAGACUACUUUGAGCAUUACAAAGAGGAUGUUUAUGAAGGAAUAGGUUUGUUGCAAAACUGGCUGAUGAAUGUUAGGCCAUCUUUGGCCCUAGGGUUUGUAGCACUUGUGAGUUUGAGUUUGCCUAUUUCUUCUGGAUUGGUCUUUUUUUGGGUGUUGGAGUUGAGUAAAUUAAUGUUGUCUGGAUUUCAUUUAGGCUCAUACUUGUAUUAA